CUUGUGAAAUUCUGAUUGAAACAGAUUGUAGCAAGCGCUCUCCGACCUGGGUUGCAAUGGCAACUGACUGGAUGGAACAUCAACAGCAACUUUUGUCCUAUUUUUUAAGGAAUUAACGAGAUUUUACACUGAUACAUUGAGGAAAUUAUUUCUAAUGUGAGAAACAAAGUUUAACAAUUUAAGGUCCGAAAAUGUUCCAGGGAUGUACAAUUUCUGUGGAAGAGAUCCAGUCUUGGUGGGAAGUCCCCGCCAUAGCUCAUUUCUGUUCGCUGUUCAGGACGGCAUUCAACCUACCAGACUUUGAAAUUGAGGAGCUGGAAGAGGCGCUACAGAAGCAGGACAUAGACUUUCUGGCUGACCUCCUCGUCUCACUCUUGCAAGGAUGCUACCAGCGCACAGACAUCACCCCCCAGGCAUUCAGCGAUUACCUGGACGACAUCAUCAACUACCGCUGGGAGUUGGAGGAGGGGAAGCCUAACCCGCUGCGCCAGGGGCCUUUUGAGGAGCUGGCCCCACGCACGCAGGUGGAACUGCUGCACAGGCUGUGUGACUACCGCCUGGACGCUGCCGAUGUCUUCGACCUGCUCAAGGGCUUGGAUGCGGACAGCCUGCGCGUGGAGCCGUUGGGUCAAGAUGGGAACGGUACCCUCUACUGGUACUUCUAUGGUACCCGCAUGUACAAAGAGGACCCGGUCAAGAGGAAAGCAGAGCAGCUCCAUGAAGCCCUUGUGAUCAAACCAGCAGAGAAGAGGAAAAGAGGAAGACCACCAAAGAAGAAAGUGGAGGAGAUCCAGCUAAGUGAGGUGGAGAACGAAGUGAAGAAGGAGAAUGGACUGGAAGGUCUGCACUCAGGCACAGACCGUGAGCGUGGCGCCUGGUCCCUGGUGUGUGACACAGAGGAGCAGUGGGCCAGUCUGGCUGAGAGCAUCAAGGACAAAACGUCCCCCCAGGACCGCCACCUCUACCGCAUCAUCAGCCAGAACUUCCUCCCUGAGAUCAGCAGCAUGAUCGAGCUCAAGGAGAAUGAGCAGAAGCAGAGGCUGCUGGACCCCACCCCAGUACGCAGCUCUUACCGGCUCUCUGAGAAACGCAUGAGCCAAGAGGAGGAGGACACGCUGCAAGCCAUAGCUGACGUGGAGCAGCAGAAACAGAGGGAUGUGGACAUGGACAGGCAGGCCCUGCUGGCAGAGCAGAAACGAGAGGAGGAGAUGCUGCUUCAGGAGGAGCGUCAGAGAGAGGAGCAGGAGAGAGUCAAAGCUGUGGAGGAGCGAGCGCGGCGGCGGAAGCUGCGUGAGGAGAAGGCCUGGUUGAUAUCCCAGGGGAAGGACCUGCCCCCCGAACUGCUGCACCUGGAGCCCCACUCACCCAUCCAACGUGCCCGCAGGACGAAAGCGUUCUAUGAAAUUGAUGAUGAUUAUACAGCGUUGUACAAAGUGUUGGAGGCCCUGAAAGCCCACAAAGACUCCUGGCCUUUCUUGGAGCCUGUGGAUGAAUCCUAUGCCCCCAACUAUAAUGAGAUCAUUCAGACUCCGAUGGACCUGUCCACCAUCGAGAGGAAGCUGAAUGAAGGGGAGUACAUCGCCAAGGAGGAGUUUGUGUCUGACGUGAAGCUCAUGUUUGAGAAUUGCAUGGAGUACAAUGGGGAAGACAGUGAGUACAGCAUCAUGGCGGAGUCCCUGGAGCGCUGUUUCAGCCGAGCCCUGCUCAAGCACUUGCCGUCAGAGGACGGUGACACGGACGAAGAGUUCCACGUGUGUGGUGAGGACCGUGAGAAAGACCGCAAGGAGAAGAGGCGGAGCAAAGGCCCCAAACAGGCGGGGCCAGAGCGCUUUGGCCGAGCCACUGAGCAUGCCUCGCGCAAACGGACACAUCCAGGGGGCAAGGGCAGCACUGCCAUGGAGGAGGGGAACAAGGUGGCCCAGCCUCCCCCUCCCACCCACUGGGCCAACAGACACCCACACCCCCACAGCAUGCCACAUGGACAACCCUACCCUGGGAAUCUAUACCACCCAGCACAGCAGCAGCUCCAGCACCCCCCUGGUCCUCACAUGUAUGGUCAGAGGAUGGCCAUGGACCCCCGAUACGCCUACCCUCACCCUGGACAGGGACACAUGCCCCGGCCUGGAGACCCCAAUGCUCACCACAUGCCUCAACAUUACAACAUGCAGCCACACCUGGGGGAUGGUCACCACAUUGGCCCUAGAUACCAGGUGGGGCCUGAUGGCCGGCCUCUCCAUCCCCAGCACCACCAGCAGCACCCCUACAUGGGUCCCACCCACGGCCCUUCACUGGGCCCCCGCCCUGUGGCCCUCCAGUCUGGGGGCCUCUGCACCCCCACGCCCGAAGGCAACAUGUACCCGUCCCGCCAGCGCACCGACGGCCACCCCAUGCACCCCGGUGGGAACCGUUACCCCGGGCCUGGCGUCCCACCACAACACAACUACCCUGCCUUUCGUCCUGGCAUGGGCGUGCCUCCUAGCAUGUGGUCAGGGAUGAACCACCAAGGCCAGCAGAGGCCCAGUGGACCUGGGAUGCAGGAGCAGAAUAUGGCUAACCACCAGCAGCACCCCUAUUUUCAUGGGGGUCCACGUCCCAUGGGCCCCAAACCCUGGCCAGAGCAGCCUGGUGGCCCUGGAGGGUACCCCCCACCCCCAAAUAGCCAGUACAGGAUGCCCUGUGGCAUCAGCACCUCCCCGGGGCCCAUGGCCCUGCGGCCUCCCAUGCCUCAUCAGGACUCACGGCAGCGUCUGGCCUCCAUGCUGGAGAGCCCAGAGAUGAUUGCCCUGCAGCAGCUGUCUGCUUCCUCCACCGGACUCCCUGCUGGCUCCUCACGCCAGCUCAUGGGCAACCUUCAGCAGCAGCCCCCACAGGGAGUUGGCAGCGCACCAACUCAAGCUCAGCCCUCGCAGCACCCACCUCCCCCUGAAAUUCACCUGCUGCGUCCUGCCAGAGACAAUGGCCCAGAUAGCCAGCCUGCCCAUCACGCAGACAUGCAGCCCAAAGAGUUCACAUCAGAUCACAAAACGACCAACAACAACCAUGCAGGAACGCGGAUAACCCCCGUCCAGUCUGAUCAGGAUCGUUCCACAGAGCCUCCCAGCCACCUCACUGGGGGCAUGCAGAGCCCCUCGGCUCCAAACUUGGGCAGAUCACAGGAGAGGGGUAGCGGGACCGGGGAGCAGGCUGCGUCUGGGCCGGGACACCCACAGAGCUCAGAGACAACCGGCAACCAGGAGGGGGAGAGAAGAGGACAGUCUGUCUGCCAGACUCCCACUCAACAGAACAACCCUUCCAUUGUUCCUCCUCCACACCCCCACAAUUCACCUCCCUCCCAGAACUCUCCGCACUCCCAGAAUGCUCCACAGCAUAUAACCCAGAUCCCCACUCGGCAAAUCCCAGAGAAUGCCCCUCACCCUAAGAACGCCCAUCAACACAUGAUCCAGAAUGCACAGCAACAAAACAUCCUUCAACAUAUCAGUCAGAAAGCCCCACAGCAAGGAUCCCAAAACCCUCAGAACACACCUCCACAUGUGGCUCAGAAUCCCCUUCAACGUGGUCCACAGCCAAGCCCCAUGCAUGGAAUGCCAAAAUGCGCCCCCCAGCCUGGCCUUGGUCCACCACAGCCAGCCCCUUUCACCUCCCUGCCCCCCAGCCACCCUGUGUCCCAGCUGCCUCCACAGCCCAGCCCAGCUGACCAUGGAGACCAGAGGCCCAGCGAGCCCACUAGCAGAAGGGAUUCUGGAGGCAGCUCUGGUAACCCCAGCAUGAUGAAGUCUGGACCUCCCAACAGCAUCUAUAAACAACAGUCGUUCAGUCCCAAUGUGCAACAGACACAGUUGGGUAACCAGGGCAGUCUGGGGCCAAGGGGACCAGCACCUGGUCACAUCCCAGCCAUGCCUCCCCACUCUCCGGGCCAGGUUGCUGGAGCCAUGGGCAGCCCAACACAUCCACACUAUGGUCAACCUAUGGGCAGGCCCAUGCCCCCUUCAAAUCGGCAGCCUUACCCAAACCAAGCUAUGCCCCAGACCAUGAACCCAAACCAUAACCCUGCCGGCUACCCCACCUACCACCAGCAAGGAGCUUCCUAUCCAUAUCACAUGGGCCAGCAGCAGCAUCUCCAGGGCCACACCAACAUGUACCCCCAGUACCAGCCUCAACACUUAUACCCCCAGCCCCAGGGCAACAGCCGGGGGGGCUACCCACCUGAGGAGUGGCAUAGGCAGCAGCAAUACCAGCCUCGCCACCCCAUGCCCUCCAACACCUACCUGCCUGCAGCCAGUGCCAAGGUCAAUGGGUGCCUGAAGGAGGGCAGCAGCAUGGGCUCCCCCCUGGGCUCUGAGGGCUCCGGGGUCAGCUUGAUGUCCCCAAGUCUCCUGCCCGAGGGCCUCCAUGGAGGCUCUGCGGGGAAGGAGAGCAGGGAGGCUGGCAGCCCAAUGAAGCCUCAGCAUGCUCGGGUGGAGGAGACCUCAGAGCGGCCAGAGAGCCCUAAAGAGAUCCUAGACCUGGACAGCCACAACGCUGCUGCACGCCGCUGGAGUUCCCAGCCCCUGCCUCAAGUGGCCAACUUCCUGUACGACCCCCGAGCAGUGCAUCCUGGGAUGCAGCAGGGUGGGGCCCCACCCCCCCACAUGAUUUCUCGGCCUCCAUACCCUAGCCAGCCUGGCUUUCCUAGUGGACACUACACUCCCCAAAGACCCCACCCUCACCUCAUGGAGGCCCUGCAGCGGCCCCAGCACCUGCCCUUUCACCCGGGACAGACCCGCAUGGCCAUUUACAGACACCCCCAGACUGAAGGCCACUUCCAAGGCAUGACGGUCCAGCAGAGAGGCCUGGGACCUGAACACUUCCUUCACCUAGGGCAGCAGAUGAUGUCUCCCAGUGGUCCCAGCAGUAAACAGGGAGUUUAAGCAACUCUGUGGAAGCAGGGUAAGUGACUAUUCAAUGGUGUAUUUUGUAUUUAUUAUGGAUCCCCGUUAGCUGCUGACAAGACAGGAGCUACUCUUCCUGGGGUCCAGCAAAAUUAAGGCAGUUUUACAUUUUAAAAACAUUACAAAACAUUCAUAACAGAUUUCACCAAUCAAUAUUUCAAUAAAUCACAUCAUGUUUCAGUUAGGGCUGUUACGUUACGGUGACUGUAUUACUGAUAAACUGGCGGUCACGAGACAUGACCGCAGGUUAAAUUCCACGUAACUGUUUAGUCACGGUUCUCCAAGCUCUGAUGCUGCUGAUGGUCAUUAGUAGACUACCAAACUUGCUAACUGCCUGGUACUCAGCACUCUAUUGUCCCUCUAAUCACUCUGACACCAAUGCAAAUGUAAUUUGAAAAUCAAACAAUUUAUGAGCCCAUGAGCUCAUCUUGCGCAACAUUUCUAUAGGCUAUGCAAUUGCGUGAGAACUUAGUUUUGAUGGCCUCUAUUAAAGAGGAGGAUCCCAUUAGCUUUCUAAAGGCUAGGCCUACUAUAUUUUCUCAACUUUACUAAUAUUAAGUACAUUGCUUCGCUUUACAACAAGAGUAUAGCCUACCUAGCAUGAAAAUGAACCCCUGCCCCAACAGGUGCAUGAUAAUGGUCCAUUUUAAAUCUAAACAAAUUUCACACAUAUUAUUUAGUAUAUGUAAAGACAAGAUUAAUUCAAGAACAAUCUGAUGGGUGACCAAUAUUAGCCUAUCGCUUGUGAAUUAUAUAUUAUCACUUCGAUCGAAUCGAUAUCAAAAUCAAAUCAAACGUUAUUUGUCACAUGCUCCGAAUACAACAAGUGUAGACUUUACCGUGAAAUGCUUACUUACAAGCCUCUAACUCUUCUUGAAAUGCACUGUUGGUUAAGAAAAUAUUUACCAAGUAGACAAAAAUAAAAAGUAACAUAAUAAGAAUAACAAUAUCGAAGCUAUAUACAGGGGGCACCUGUACCAAGUCCGUGGGCGGGGGUGCAGGUUAGUUGAGGUAAUUUGUACAUGUAGGUGGGGGUGGAGUGCCUAUGCAUAGAUCAUUAACAGCGAGUAGCAGCAGUGUACAAAAUGGGGGGGUCCAUCAAUGUAAAUUGUCCAGUGGCAAUUUUAUUAAUUGUUCAGCAGUCUUAUGGCUUGGUGGUAGAAGCUGUUGAGGAGCCUUUUGGUCUUAGACUUGGCACUCCGGUUACCGCUUGCCGUGCGGUAGCCUACCUGAAUGAUGCCCGGCUUGUGUGCAGUAAGGCAAGACACAGCUCCUGCCUUUUUUUCUCCUCAACUUUUUCAAAUCAUAGUCACGCACCUCAUGUAGCCUAGCCAAUAGGCCUAUAUGUUUUGAUACGGUUUGUAUCACAACUUAAUUUUAAAGAUCUUAUUUGGCCACUUAAGCACAUUAAUCCUAUUUACAACGGGUGUAAACCCUACCUGGCAUACAUACGCAGCACAUGAGUUUCAAGUUUGGGGAAGAUGAUACUAAAAGCAUUAUAUGCAUAAUUGCAUUUGUGGGUCACCUUUGAGAAUGGUAUUUUCCCGCUGAUUGAUUGGAUUUUGGAACAUUCAACUCUUGUAGCCUACUGCCAUGUGCGCAUUGCUGCACUUAUAAUGUGAAGAAAUAGCCUAAUAGUUUAUCAACAUUUUAAGCUAAUCGUUCUGAUCUGUUGCAUUAGCCUCAUUGCCUUUGAAAGGUUUUUUGAUGCCAGUGUUUGUAUGAAUUUAGGAUCUAUCGCAGCCUGGGACAGUUGAGGGAUAUGUUUGGAAUAUUUAUUUUUCGCACAGAAGGACAAAUUGACCAAUAGAAUAGGUCAACUUUUGUACUAUGGGGGAUAGUAGAUUGACAUAGCCUAGUGCUUUUGCUUUCAUUAGGCCUACUCAUCUUGUUGGCUGACAAAAAGUAAAUAUGGACAGUUCUACCAACGGCUUCAAUAUGCUCCUUGGCAUUUGAUAAGAACACGUGCAGUUGCGUCCCCGAUGUGUGUCUUCACUUGUAGACUGUGAGAAGGACCUGGGAUGCUGUGAGAAGGACCCGAUCACGUGACGGGCAUUAUCUAAGAUUUCAGGUGAGUGAGAGGUGCUUCGGAGCAUGCAGCCUGGAGAAGGGAAUUAUAAUGAUUAUUUUCCGCCCAAGGACACAACGGCCACUGGCCAUAAAAGGCAUGGAUUCUUUUAAAGGGCAUUACGGUCACACAAAGGGGAUGCAUCCAGGAAAUUCAAGGCAUUAUCAAGUGCUUGUCAAAUUGUGAAUGAGAGACUGAUGAAAUGUGUACAGCCUGUGCAAAAAGCUAAGCAGAGCUCAUGCCUUUCAUGCAACUUUUUUCAGAUCAUCAUUAGUCGCAUCAUGCAGCCUUAUGUAUUAAAAAUCAAAAGUUGCAUAAAUAACUCUAAAUUAACCGUAUAGGGGCACCAGUUUCUUUGUUAACCGCUCAACACAGAAUAGCCGCAUGUGCGCCCUCCCUCAAAUCAUUUGGAGAAAAUAUCCUUUCUAUUGUAUUCUUCAUACUAUAAAAUAAUGCCACGGAAUUCUAAGCAAAUAUUGUCUGCUGUAUCAGGGCCUAACAUAAGGACAACUUUGUAUGCUAUUCUGUUCUUUUGAAAUAGACUACAUUUUCUUCAUAUCAUGUUUCUUUAGACCCAUCUAAAAUAAAUAAUGGAUUUAUUGUGAUGGUGUAGGCUGUAUUAAAUAGAUUUGUUAGACUUUUUUAAAAUGUAGAUGUUCGAAAGGUCCACAUCAGACUGUGUGGAAGCCAGGAGAUACUAAAUGUGUUUGUUAAUUAACGGUCAAUUUCUAUGAGACCGGCAGUUAUUUGCUUGAAAAUCACCGGCUGACAAAAUGCCAUGGCCGCCACAGUCCUAGUUUCAAUGAUUGAUAUUCUUGUUUAAUUUCUUUUCUCCACAAUUCAGGUAAAGGACAAACGCAACAAAACCUUUACACAAAUUGGUGCCUGCAUAUCAUCCAUGACAACAACCUGUGUGCUUGCCUGUGUCUCUCCUGUCUUAAGACUUUAAAUGUGACUGCUGUCGGAACAAUGAUGUUCUCUGCUGCGGAGCGGUUCAAAAUGGACUUUGUCCUCUGUCUGUGUUCAAGGGCACCAGUAAGUAGGCCUCCCACUGCAUCGGACAGGAGAUGUGCAGAGUGAUACAGGCAAUGGAGACACAUUUAUUGGAGUCUCUUUAGAGAAUGAGUUAUUUUCCCCUGGGGAUGUCUGUCUGCUUUGUGUGGAACCCUCACUGAGACUGCCUCUGCAGAGACAUGGCCCUGUCUGUCUUCAUGCCUGUGGACUCCCAGUCAAGUUCAGACUGUAUAGCUGGUCCCUCCCUCUAGGCCUGGCCAGCAAGAACAUCUGGAGACCCUGUUUCUCUGUCUGCAGGCUGGUUGCCUGUGUAAACGCAGGCUUUAAGUGGUCUAUUGACAUGGUCUGAUUGUGGUGCUCUGUUUGACCUUUUAAAAUUAUUUUCUCACACACUGGAUUUGUCUGGAGAAGGCUCUCCCCCUUGUCUAUAGCCUGGUCUUCUCAGAGCCUCUCUAUGGACAAAAGGAGCUGGUGUGGUAAGAGGAGAGCACUGGUGUUACUUUGUGUUUUGUUUUCGUUUUCGUCUCCAAAUGUUUUUAGACUCAGGUGUAGAAAAGGAGGUACUUUGAGACUGUAGAGAAGCCGUCAUCAGAACCCUGUCGACAGACACACACACACACAUGCCUUGCAGUUGUCUUUGUUUCCUUCAUGUUGAAUGUAUGUGUGAAUGAGUUCGAUAUAUGUAGAUAGAUGAACAGCACAGGAGCCCCGCCAUGUGACGGGACAGAAGAUGAUGGCGGAUUGCCUUUCGGAAAAAAGGAAACCGUUCUGAAAAGGGGAGCUUUCUGUCCAUUUUCACCUCGACUAAAACACAGCUUUUUUUGCUGUUCCGGUGUAAUUUUAUGCAUCCUUCAAGACUGCCUUCACUAUGAGAAUGUAUUUUAUUUCAGACCUGUAGAGAGCCUUCUCUGCUAUGCACUAGGGAUAGUCUACAACUACUGGAAUUUAGUGGCCUUGGAUUCUUUGUUGGUGCUUGUUACCAUGUGUAUAUAUGAAUAUAUAUUAAGUAUAACUCUUCACUGUAGGUGUCCUCUGUCACAAAAACUGGGGUCUUUUGUGGGUUGGUUCACCAAACUUCCAUGUGCCCAGCUGGUUGGCAUAUGCACAUACACACAAAGUGAACAAGAGUUAGAAUCAACAAUUGAUGUAUUUGUUUUUCUAUAUUCAUGCUGUCACCCUUCCAGCCCAAUUAUUUUUUAUUUGUUUCAAUGUCAUGUAUUGCAUUCCAUACAUUUUGUUGAAAAAUGUCACCUAAAAUGGUCAUCCUAUUGUAGCUCAUUUAUUUGUGGUGUUUAUUUUAUUUGGAACGGUAAAGAUUGCCCACAAUCACACCCAUAUGUGAUUAUUUCUUUACGUUAGUGCUUCCUCCUCCCCAAUUCAAUGAACUUAAUAUGUCCUCAGGGUGUACAGUUCUAUACGGGUAUUUUAAUGAAUUAUUUGAAGAAGAAGCACCACAAGAAAACAUGACUGGAAUAGCGACAAGUUAAUUAACCUAAUUUUGUGACAACUGAUAAACCAAUAUUGUUUUUGCAAGAUUCUGUUAUUUUUGGUCCUCUUUGUGACAAUGGCGGUCUUGCUUACUGUCAACCCAUUUGAUUUCUUUUUGGGUUUUGUUUUUCAUUUUAAUAUUGUAGCUUUUGUCAUUGCCACCAUGCAUCGGCGAGUGAUGCGUCUAUCAACAAUUUAUCUGUGUGAAUUGAACUCUUCCCCAUCUUAAAUCCAUGUUGCACCUGUGAACCCCACAGGUAUAGCGAUGACAACAAAUGAAUCUACCUCAUAGCCAGUCCUCUGGCAUCCACUAAGUCCCUCUACUCAGUCAUUCACUCACCCAGACCCCAGCACACACAUGGCCUUGUAUUACUUUGCUACAAAAGCUCAUGACUGUAUACUUUUCCCUUCCAUGAGACCUUUGAUUGUAAGGUUACUUGUGUCACUAGGGGGUGUGGUGAAUGAUUGGGCAUAUGUCUGAGGUCGACAGAAAAGGGCUCUUUUUAUAUAUGAUCUCGUCUUACCAGCUGUAUAGAUUGCAUGCCUUCCUGCCACAGGUGAGUCUAGACAGCCUGAGCCCUGUGCUUCUAUUGAAUACGUGUUAGACAGCAUAGAGCUGGCAGCGUAGUCCCCUCAUUGAUAGACAUCUAUGGCAUUAAAGGAGGGAUGAAUAUAGGAUAAUACUAGCUGUGAGACAAAAUGUGUCCCACGAUUCUGUACAAGGAUGUAUUGCCGUUUUACUUACUAGGGAAUUUUCAUUUUUAGUAUUAGCUAGAUGAGGUCUUCUCGGAGGUAGUGUGUUCACUUGCGCUGUCCAUGUAUGAAGGACAGUGUAGUUGUAAAUGGUCUGUGAGGUUGUGAUACUGUUAUGCAGCUUUGUUGUCUCUGAUUGUGUUGACUGCACAAGACAUGGAAGUCUGUAUGCCUCUACUCUGCUGUCAUCCAGUUUGUCUGCACUAGUAAAAUGUCUAGAUUGGAUUAAAUGUGAAUCAUAUUUAUUUGCUCUUUUACAUUUUGUACAUGUUUUAACUUGUUUUUAAUAUACAUGUGAUGUCUGGUUGUUUUAAGCAGUAGACAUUUACCUCCGUAGCAUGGCGGCAUCAAAAAGGACCCGUAUGUUCCAGUUUUAUGUUCACAAGUUUUUAAGACAUAGAUUAUUUUGGAAAUAGACAACGUAUUUUCUAUACUGUACAUUUCUUAGAAUAAAUCACUUUUCCUGAUUUUAA